CGGCGUGCGGGCGUGCGAGCGGCCGGCCGGCUGCAUGGCGCGCUGCGAGCGGCUGCGCGGCGCGGCCCUGCGCGACGUGCUGGGCCGGACGCAGGGGGUCCUGUUCGACUGCGACGGGGUGCUGUGGAACGGCGAGCGCGCCGUGCCGGGCGCCCCGGAGCUGCUGGAGCGGCUCGCGCGGGCGGGCAAGGCGGCGCUGUUCGUGAGCAACAACAGCCGGCGCGCGCGGCCCGAGCUGGCUCUCCGCUUCGCGCGCCUCGGCUUCGGGGGCCUGCGCGCCGAGCAGCUCUUCAGCUCCGCGCUGUGCGCCGCGCGUUUGCUGCGCCAGCGCCUGCUCGGGCCGCCGGAAGUGCCGGGCGCCGUGUUCGUGCUGGGCGGCGAGGGGCUGCGCGCCGAGCUGCGCGCCGCGGGGCUGCGCCUGGCGGGGGACCCCGGCGAGGACUCGGGUGCGGCCCCGCGCGUGCGCGCCGUGCUCGUGGGCUACGACGAGCACUUCUCCUUCGCCAAGCUGAGCGAGGCGUGCGCGCACCUGCGCGACCCCGACUGCCUGCUCGUGGCCACCGACCGCGACCCGUGGCACCCGCUCAGCGAUGGCAGCCGGACCCCCGGCACUGGGAGCCUGGCUGCUGCAGUGGAGACAGCCUCGGGCCGCCAGGCCCUGGUGGUGGGCAAGCCCAGCCCUUACAUGUUCGAGUGUAUCACGGAGCACUUCAGCGUGGACCCCACCCGCACGCUCAUGGUGGGUGACCGCCUGGAGACCGACAUCCUCUUCGGCCACCGCUGUGGCAUGACCACCGUGCUCACGCUCACAGGCGUCUCCCGCCUGGAGGAGGCCCGGGCCUACCUGGCGUCUGGCCAGCACGACCUCGUGCCCCAUUACUAUGUGGAGAGCAUCGCGGACUUGAUGGAGGGGUUGGAGGACUGAGCCCACCUGACCAGCAACCGCAACCCUCCACCCCGAUCCCGUAGAUGGAGGCGAUGGGCCAAGAGCUGCCGGCCCCUGGGCCCCAUUUUCUGCAGCCUGGUGGGGUUGGGACCCAGGGAAGGUGUUAGGGCCCUCGCGUCCCCUCCCAGUGGUGGCUAGGCACUCUGUGCCGUUCCGGAGGCUGUCCCCCUGCCCCUACCAGUUCGCCCUGGCCUGACCCAGCCAGGUGGCCUUAUUUCCUGCCUCGUGAACUCCCCUCUUUGAAAUCUGGGCCUUGUGCCCACUGAAGAUUUCCCCUAACCCUGAGCACUUAAUCCCCAACUCCUUCCCUGGGGCCUCUAGAGCCCUUCCUCCCUCCAGUCCUGGCCUUGGGUUCCUGCUGACCAGUCAGAGGUCUAGGGAGCCACCGGCCAUUAUCGUCCUGAUCCCUGAGUGGACCAAUCAGAAGGCAAAGUGACAAUGACCCUUUCAGGUCCUCACUCCUGGGUAGACCGAUCAGAACACCAGGUAAUAAUGACUCACUGGUCUCUUCGAUCCUAAAGAGAACAACCCAGAAGUCUGAGAGAGCGUGGCCUCUUGACAAUCUGGAUCUGACUGGACUAGCUAGGGGUCCAGAUUUCUGUCCACGAGUGUCAAGUGCUGAAGACACCCACCCCUCCACAAACGUUGUGAUCCGGGGAGGGCCCACCCAAUGGCUCUGGGGGCUUCUGUGGCCGAGAGCCCCACGUUUCCCUGAUCAUGGUACUGGUAUCAGUCCAGCGUUGAUGGUGGCCACAGCUGGGGGGGGCGGGGGGGGGGGGGCUUUUGUGUCCCCGUGUUGUCAGUGUUUGCUGUGCCACUUCUGCCCCGUGCCCGCCCCCAGCUAUUUAUUUAUUUAUUUAUUAUUUAUUUACUUUCGUGUGUCGGUGAUGGUGGGGGUGGGGGCUGGGCCUUCCCGCCACUUCCGCCUCUGUCGUAACCAGCCGUCCCGUACUUAAUAAAGUGGGAGCGGGAGAGCCUGUGUGGCCUCGAGUGUGUGUGGGCCACGGGGCGGGCGGGAGGAGGACCCCCCCCCCCUCCCCGCCUUGAGCCGGGUCUCCACAGCACUGGCCGGCUUGGCAACCUUCCUCCGCAGGAAAUGACCCACCCCGGUCCCAGAGCGUUUUCUUCUUUUUCUAGAUGUAUUGAUUUGGUUCUGAGAAAGAGGGAGAAUCCCAAGCAGGCUUUGGGCUGUCGGCACAGAGCCUGACGUGGGACCGGAACUCACGAGCUGUGAGAUCAUGACCUGAGCCACGGUGAAACCAGGAGUGAGCGUCUUAACCCACUUAGCCAGCCAGGCGCCCCCGCCGAGUGUUUUCCUGUGCCCUGUCCUACCUCAGCCCGGUAGCGCUUGAUGCCCCGCUGGGUCUUUACGUCCUGAUGUGUUUCAGUCCUUCCGAAAACUCAGCCAGCUUGUAUGGCUCGGCCCCUUUUGCCUCUUGGGGAAUGAGGAUCAGAAAUGGCGGUGUUAACUUACACAGCAGCACACGUCUAGAAAGCGUGGUCUCCUGAGACAGGGUUUGAACUCCCGUUAGCGGAUUCCAGGGGGCUACAGCGCCCUCUCUGCAGAGACCCGAGAGGAAGGAGGUCCUGGCUCUCCGGGAGCUCAGGUGAGAUCCUACACCCCCAUCCCACCCACCUUCGGGCUCCCCUCCCGCCUGGGAUGCCCCUGUGACUUCCCCCACCCCCCGCAGUGAGCUGGCUGAGGGGCUGCGGGCGGGGAGGUGUCACGAUUGCUCCAGGCCUGUCACUGAUUGGCUUGUCGCGAGCUUGCACAAGGCCUUCCCGCUCAGCCUGUUCCCUCCUGUGUAAAAGCGAGAGGUGCGGGGUCUGGGCCAUGUUCUCCAGGGUGGUUCUUCUGGGGGAGAGAAAGUGCUGACUGAGCCCGGCUGCAUCACGAAGUCAGAGCCCCAUUUUCCCUCGCGGGGACUUCUGGCUGUGACAGGAACUCAGCUCGGCCUGGCUAAGGCAUGAGGAGUUCACUGUCGGCCCCUGCGAGGUGCUCCAGCCCCCCAGGUGCACCCGCCUUUAGCUGUGCUCAUCCGACCGACAUCCGAGGGCUGAGGCCACAUGCCCAUCUCAGAACCUGCGCCGGAGGGGAUAGAGCAGAGUUCUUGGCUAGCCUGGGCCAAGUUCCCGCCACCCCACCCCCCACGCCCCCAAGGAGUGCCCACCUCCCGGCUCCGCUCUGGACCUAGCGGCCCCUCCCCACCAUCCCUGUGGACAGAAACCUGACUUCCUUGAGCGGAGCACGCGGUGGCCUGUGAAUCAGAAGGGGGAGGCAGCCCAGUCCCAGGAAGUGACUCUUGAUUGGUUUAAAGCUUGAGUCUGAGCCAAUCAUGGUUAUUUGAUUCCCCGGCUAUCCAGUGAUUGGUUUAGCCGUGGACUUGCGGUACACUUCUGACCGGCAAGACAUGAGGGGAGGGCUGUUGGGAGAUCCUGGGAAUGUUUGCCCCACUUUCAAAGAAGGACAUGGUUGGGGGUGCCUGGGUGGCUCAGUCGGUUAAGCUUCCGACUUUGGCCCAGGUCAUGAUCUCCGGGUCCUCGAGCCCCACGCCCACCUCUCUGCUGUCCGCUCAGAACCUGCUUCAGAUCCUCUGCCUCCCUCUCUCUCUGCCCCUCCCCCGCUCAUGCUCUCUCUCCCUCUCAAAAAUAAAUAUUUUGAAAAGAAGAACAUGGCGGAAGGAGGGAAACACUCUUCUGGGCUUUGGGUGCGGAAGUUGUUGGCAGCCAUUCUGUGAUCAUGAGACCCACCCAACAGACUUCUCCACUUCAGGUGGCAGAGCAGAAAGAUGGGAAGAACUUGGGGCUGGCUGUUUCCCCCAACUUUUUAAUUUUAAUUUUUUAAGUUUAUUUUAUUUAUUUCUGAGACAGAGAGAGAGAAAGA